GCCCGGCCAGACUACACGAUUUCAGCCCGAUUUUGCCCCGAUUCUUUCGUCGCAGACGAAUUUGCGAAUCGUACACGAUUUUGAGGAGUCGGCGACGAGACGAGGUCUUGUAAUGUGACAUGCUUGCGAUCUGCGAUGUUUUCGUCUGCGACGUUCGAAAACCCCACGACGAAAUGUUUGGCAUGUCAGAAUUUUUUGGGGAAUCGCAUGACGUAUACACUGUUGACAUGAGGGAACCACGCCCCCAGUUGCGUGAGGGAAUCCCGCGAACAGCUGGAGCUCACGCGCAGUGUUUACCAACUGCCUUCACUGCACUACGCUGAUUAGGAGUAACAACCGCAAAAAUGAAUUCGAUCAAGAAGAAUGCUAACAAAGAAAACGAGAGAAAAUGGAGCAACACUAUGGAGACAACCUUGGUGGAAAUGUGGCAGCAACGUCCAUGCAUUUUCGACGUGUCCUCAAAGGACUUUCACGAUAGGGUGAAAAGGGAUAAAGCCUGGCGAGAAAUAGCCGACACCCUUGACCUACCUGUUGUAGAGAUAACAACUAGAGCUGCGUCUCUGCGGACACAGUUUGGCAAACUGCUCCAUCCCAAACCAAGUGGGAGUGGACAGAAGGAUGUCACCCUGACCCCACGACAGAAGUGGAUCUGUCAGAGUAUGGUUUUUUUGCGGGCACACAUAGCGCAUAGACCAUCACAAACAACACUGAAUUUUGAUGACAGUCAACAAGAGGCCACAGAGAGCAGUGAGGAAGAGACAGAGGCUGAGGGCCCCCCAGCUAUUACCAACCCACCACCACCACUCCCACCUAGACCUCCACCUGUCCAGGAGUCCAGAGCCCAGAGAAAAAAACGAAAGCCUACAAGGGACGUGGAGAUGGAGAUGGAGAAGGAGAAGGUGGACAUUCUUCGGAAUGUCUCAACAACUUUGCUUGCCGCAGGCCAAGAUGUGGAGGAUAUUUUUGGGAAGCAGGUGGCUUGUGAGCUUAAACAUGUGCAGGACAGAACUACACGCUUGAGACUACGCCGAAACAUAAUGUUAAUGCUCUAUGAUGCCCAGGAGAAUGAGCAGAGAACAGCUAACCCUGCUCAAACUUCUUGGCCAGAGCAGAGCACAGGGCACACACCUCUGCAAACCCACCACUUCACCCACAACAUGCCUCCACAGCACAAUACUAUGGGCUACAAUUAUGACUAGUAUCAAAGAGACAUUAUAGAACUCGCCAAUUGUUAUUUUAAUUUAUUUAUUGCGUUUGUUAAAUAUUAGGUAAAUUGUUUGUUCCUUUAUUUAUCGUGUUGCAUCCCAUUGGUUAACUGUCUAACUAUCAUAACACUGUUAUAACGAACUGAUAAAUAAUAGUAUAGUAGUAGUAGUAGUAUAAAUAGAUAAUAUAUAAUAAAUAGUAUAAAGAAAAUGACAAUAAAUAUUUGUUAAAUGUUGAUUUUCUGUCUAACAUAACACUGUUGUAACUAAUAAAUAGUAGUAUAGUAGUAGUAAUAGCAUAAAUAAGUAUAGUAUAUAAUAAAUAGUAUAAACAAGAUGAUAAUAAAUACUCUGUAAAUAUUGGUUUACUGUCUAACUAACAACACUGUUGUAACUAACUAAUAAAUAGUAUAAUAGCGUAAAUAAAUAAAUAGUAUAUUAUAAAUAGUAUAAACCAAUUGAUAAUAAAUAAAUAUCAAUGCAUAACAUUUUCAAAUCAUAUCCUCCUGCCAAUCAACGGAUCCUUCAGAGGAUUGAAAAUAUGCCUUCAGCAGGUCACGCUGGUCUUUAGCAGUGGUUGUGGCAUUCCGCGCCCUACUCAAUGCCACAGAGUCAAGAUCUCCACCUCUUCGCCAUGUUCCGGCAAUGACUCUGUGGUUCUCGUCCUCUCUGUCCACAAAGACUGGAGGCACGUAGGCCUCUGAUUUUUCCCUCAGGAAAUUGUGGAGGGCAAGGGCAGCAAGGGUGAUGCAAGUUACCUUAUCUGGUUCAAUAGAAAUAUUUGUUAGGAACACACGUAAUCUAUUUGCCAAUAUGCCAAAUGCAUUUUCCACAGUUCGCCUUGCUCUACAUAAUCUAUAAUUGAAAAUUCGCUGUCCAUGAUCAAGGUUUCUGUGGGGAUAGGGCUUGAUAAGGUCAGAACGGAGAGGGAAGGCUUCAUCACCAACAAACAUAUAGGGCAUGAUUAAAUCUGUAUUGGGAAGUGGCUCAGGGCGGGGGAAAUGUAACAGGUCUCUGUCCAUGGCACUGCGGAGAUCUGAGUGUCCAAACAGACUUGCGUCCGACAUUCGGCCCUGAGUGCCAACACUUGCAUAAAUGAAUUUGUAGUUGGCAUCUACAACUGCCAUUAGCACAAUUGAGAACCUGCCUUUGUAAUUAUAAAAAGAACUUCCUGAAUUAGCAGGGGGCUGAAUGUAGAUGUGUUUCCCAUCAAUUGCACCUAAGCAAUGAGGAAAUUGCCAUUUGUCUUCGAAUCCGCUCGCUAUCUCACGCCACUCUGACUCAGUUGUUGGUGUCUGAAAAAUAGACAAAAAUAAACAAAUACAGAAAUACUUGAUUAGAUCAGAAAUAUAUCUAGCCAGAGGCAAAUAUCAUUUAUUAAUUUAUUAACUUAUUAACUUAUGAAAUACCCCAUUAGGGUAUUUACGACAAAUAUUUUAGGCUACCUAGUAGAUGGAGGAUGUUAUAUCUGUCAUUUUAUAAAUGUCCUGUAGUUGGCAGUACUGUCUCAAUACAUCAUAAUGGUAAACAUCUCCCUAGUGGUAUGGCUAAUAGUAGGUUGCUUUGUAAUGCUCAUGGAAAUGAUAUCAUCACAAUAAGGUUUGUUGUGAUGUCAAACAAAGAAAGGAUAUUACAAUACCUUCAUGUGAUCUUCCUUCAAAACAUUGUACAAUGCUUGGCAGGUCUCCAUUACAAUCAAGCCAACAGUAGACCUGCCAAUCCUGUACUGGAAGCUCAGUGACCUGAAAGACUCACCUAAGAAGGCAAACAGGUUAUGUGUGUAAAUAAUAAGAUUUAAUAAUACAUCAUUCUGUUCAAAAUCAUUCCAUUUAGGCCUACCAGUUGCAAGGAAUCUGAGGGUUAAGGACAAUCUCUGUCGGGCACUGAUGGCCCUUCUCAUUUUUGUGUCCGUCUUUUUGAUGAGAGGCUCAACUUUCCCCAGAAGGAGUUGAAAGUCCUCGACGCUCAUCCUCAGGAACUCACGGAACCCUUUCCUAUCAGUCUCCUGCAUGAUAAAAAAAAAAACUUUCAUUACUGCAUAUACUGCAAGUGUUGUUUUGGGGUACAAGUAGACCUACAGAGAAAACGAAAUGUGGUUGGUUUCUAAAUGGUAGUGCAAAAUAGCGGUUAAGGUGCGGUUUGAACGUGAUUGGCAUAUAGUGCAAUAUAAGUACAGUAUAGUUAAUUAAUAGGGUGGGAUAGUGCAGGGGUAAUUAAAACAAAACAAAGUAAAGUAACGAGGUAUGAGAAAAUAAGAUGGAUAUAACGGGUAAGAGCAACAUAGAUGGACAGUACGGUAAGUAGGCUAUUAAAAGUUUGAUAAUAUAAUAUGAUGUUGGCAGUUGACACAGUCUUCACGAGCGUACAUUUCAUGAGCAUACGAUAACGUCAAUUAUUAUGUAAAUGAAACAUUACCUCCAGUUCGGUAAGUAGCACCGACAUCCCGAGCUCUCCUCUUCUUGCAACCCAAGAACGAGUCCACAAUCUUUUCUUCUUUUUCUUCUUUUUCGUCUCUGUUAAGAGGACCGCCAACAUAAUGCCUAGUGCUAGGUAUUCGGGAUCCAUCGUUGACGCUUCGUUGCCAGGCUACGUUGUUGCUGCGUCUACUUUGUAUAGUUCAUGUCACGCGCAACGCAACUACUGUGAGGAAUUGCCGCAUUGAGCAGAUAUAAACAAACGUGCAAACGUGAAUGAUACAAAGUAGAGAGCAUCGCACCGCCGAAUCUUGUUGUGUGGCCAGUCUUACUACGAGACAAGCCCCGAUUUCCUGGCUCUGAGAUCGUAUAGUAAUAAUAAUAAUAAUAA